AAACGACACCCAGGUUCACAACACAGUCUAGGUUUGUUGCGAUUAGUGAGGAAUGGAGGAAAACUACAUAAAUCUGCAUCUCAGAAAAUCUGUUUCCAGGAGUGUGGGGAAGUGAGAAAACUAAAACUUGCCACUUUGUCACCAUGUGACAUUUAUUGAAGUUAAUGUUAAUAGUUGUGAUCUUUAUUGUCUUUAAAGUUGUCAGGAUUCCUGGGUCAUUGACCCAGCGUUUUCAGUUCAUGUUCUGUUUUCACCACUCCUGCCAUUUCCUGUUUCAUUAUGUUCAGUUGUGUAUUCGCCUGUGUCCAAUUAUCAUCAUCAUCAUCCAGUCUGUGUAUUUAAGUUCCUCAGUUUCACCACUUCUCUGUUGUGUCAUUGAUGUUCUCAUGAGGUUGUGUUGUCGUUUCCGCCCGCGUUCAGUCAGUCAGCCUUUCAGUCAGUCCUUCAGUCAUUCAGCCAGUCGUCCAGUCGUCCAGCCAGCCAGCCAUUUCCUACCUCUGUCUGUUUGUUCACUCCAUCGGCAAUAAACACCAACCUUCACCUACCUACCUGUGAGUCCAGCGUUUGGGUCCUCCUUCUCUCAUCCGCGACACAAAUCCUGACAGAAUGACACGACCCCGCGUUGUGGACCCAGCGGACUCGGAACCUUUUGAGCGGCAGGAGACAGCGCUCCUUCGCUGGACGGAGGAGCUCAGGGGGAAACAGCGGCUCUUCGCUGAGAGAGAGCACGUCUUUGAGGGGACUCGUCUGGCUCUGGGCGGGCCUCGGAGACGCCGCGGUUCUCCACCUGCUGCCUCACCUGCAUCGGAGCAUUCGCCGCGGAGAGUGGGCGUCACAGGCCAAGCUUCGGCUGCUCGCUCUCCCGCCGCUCCGCUCCUCGCUCGCCCGCCAGCCGUCUCACUCACCGGCUCUUCCACUUCGCCACGGCACAGCGGCUAUGCCUCCCACCUCGGCUCAACGGAGGCUCCCGCGCCAGAGGCUCAGCUGUUCACCCCGCCCGCUUCCUCUUCCCGGAGAAAGCGGCGCACACGCCGUCAUAAAUUGGACUAUUCUCAGCAACUCCCGGUGGUGAGUUCCAGUGACUGUUUUCCACACCCUUCAUCCAAUCGUCCACUCAAAACGCAUAAAGGACUCAUUUCUGAUUCAUGGGGAACUUCCCUCCUAGAGGAUGAAGUGGACUGGGAGGAUAUUUUCUGCUCUGCUCCCCCAAAGACUGUAAAUGGUGGUGGCAGAAGGACCAGAAUAAAACCCGAUAGACCAGUCAGUAUCACUCACCCAGUCAUUAUUUCCUCUCCCAUCAGUCAGUCUACACCCACACCUGUGCCAGCUCCCAGGAGGAGGGCAGCUGCGACCCAGUCUACCUCCACACCCGCUCCUGUUUCUCGGGUGGGGGUGACUGGUGUCCAGCCACCUCCCGUGCCUGUCCCAGCACCUAGGCUGAGGGCAGCCCGAAUCCAACCUGACCAUCCCAGAGGCCCAGCCGAAGCUCUCCAGCCAGUGCCCUCACGCUCUGGAGGCUUGGAAGAGCUAGCCUGCUUACCAAUCAGUCCACCACUUCAUCCACCGCCUGAUCCAGCCUUUCACGCGCUAGCCCUAUCCCUGGUUAGGCUAGCUGAGGUGUCCCCUGCUCAGGCACCAGCUUUAUUAGCCCAGGCUGUAGCUUUAUCUCCCUCACUAGCACAGUCUAUAGCUCAGCCAUCAGCCACACCAACCUCAGCUCCGUCGUCAGCUUCGCCUACGUCUGUUCAUCCCUUAGCAUCCCCACUCCAGUCUGUUCACACGACUGCUGUUCAGCCUCCAGCCCAGCCAGUUCACACGACUGCUGUUCAGCCUCCAGCCCAGCCAGUUCACACGACUGCUGUUCAGCCUCCAGCCCAGCCAGUUCACACGCCUGCUCUCCAGGCUGUUCCUGUAGCUCAGUCACCUGUAGCUCCGGCUGCUCCUGUAGCUCAGUCACCUGUAGCUCCGGCUGCUCCUGUUGUCCAGUCACCUGUAGCUCCGGCUGCUCCUGUUGUCCAGUCAGUCCAGCCUGCUCCUGUCAUCCAGUCUCCUGUAGCUCAGUCUCGUCCUGUCCAGUCUUUUCCUGUUCCCCAGUCGCCCGUCCUCCAGCCUAUCCAGUCUGUCGUCCAGUCAGUUCAGUCUGUCGCCCAGCCUUCUGUAGUCCAGUCACUCAUUCACCGUCCUGUUCAGUUCCCGGACCUGCAGCCACAGCAUCCAGAGCCAGCUGUGAGCUCUCCCGCUCCUCAGCCAGGGGUUUCCGCACCCGCUGGCCCGGCCUGUCUCCAGCCAGAGGCCUCCGCACCCGCUGGCCCGGCCUGUCUCCAGCCAGAGGCCUCCGCGCCUCCUGGCCCAGCCUCGGCUCCCGCUUCGGCUUCGCACAGUCCAGCUUCUGCCUCUGCGUUAGCCUCGCCUGGUCCUGCGGCUUCCACGCCGUCGCCCAAGCCACGUUCUGGACGUCGCCGCCGUCUUCCUCGCGGCCGCCCACCGGACCUGCUCAGUGGCCGCCGCCGCCGUCUUCCUCGCGGCCGCCCACCGGACCUGCUCAGUGGCCGCCGCCGUCUUCCUCGCGGCCGCCCACCGGAACUGUUUCAGCUCAGCCACUGGCCACGUGGCCGCCCACCUGACCUGUCUUUGCCUGGACUCCGUCCCUCCGUCCUGGACACCCUCCUCCCGCCCUGGUCUGGUUUUCCUUUCUUUCGGGUGCCGGCCUUUGAGGGGGGGGUACUGUCAGGAUUCCUGGGUCAUUGACCCAGCGUUUUCAGUUCAUGUUCUGUUUUCACCACUCCUGCCAUUUCCUGUUUCAUUAUGUUCAGUUGUGUAUUCGCCUGUGUCUCAUCAUCAUCAUCAUCAUCAUCAUCAUCAUCAUCAUCCAGUCUGUGUAUUUAAGUUCCUCAGUUUCACCACUUCUCUGUCGUGUCAUUGAUGUUCUCAUGAGGUUGUGUUGUCGUUUCCGCCCGCGUUCAGUCAGUCAGCCAGCCAGCCUUUCAGCCUUUCAGUCAGUCCUUCAGUCAGCCAGUCGUCCAGCCAGCCAUUUCCUACCUCUGUCUGUCUGUUUGUUCACUCCAUCGGCAAUAAACACCAACCUUCACCUACCUACCUGUGAGUCCAGCGUUUGGGUCCUCCUUCUCUCAUCCGCGACACAAAU